AGUUCCAACGCCAACCAGUUGAGGUCAACCUAACCCCGAGAGGCUCCACCUCUAACUUCCGUCUCCAAAACCCAAAAGGAGUGGCGCCAAAGCUUGACAACAAGGCGGCUUUUCGCUUUUUGCAACGGGCGAUCCCUAGAAGUUUUCUUUUCUUCACAAAUCUCAUCCUCAACGAGUUGUCCCCCCCCCACCCCUCCCCCGUUUUCUUACACUCCCCUCGACAAAUGCGGACUUUAUAGCGACAAAGUCUCGCGAGUGUUCCCAAUCUUUCUGCCCGUCCAGAUGUCAACAUGGCUCGGAAGAGCGAGCAACUUCUCAUCGUGUUAUCCAUCCUGGAAGGUCGCGACUUCCCCAAGUGCCCUCGGCUCAGCCUGGAGGUUCAGGCGAGCUUCGACGGCGAGCAGCUCACCACCGACCCUGUGGAGCACCUGGACCAGCCGCGCUUCAGUACCGAGCUGGCCUGGGAGCUGGACCGCAAGAUGCUGCACCAGCACAGACUGCAGAGGACCCCCAUCAAGAUCCAGUGCUUCGCCGUGGACUCCAGCAGCGACAGCAGGGACAACGUGGGCUACAUCGUGCUGGACCUCAGAUCCGUUCAGGAAGUCCCGCAGGACCCUCGCUGGCACACGCUGCUGAGCAGCAAGUACACCAAGAAGAAGCCCUCGCUGCUCCUCAGCAUGGUGCUGGAGAACGACGGCAAGGCCACGCCGCCGCCGACCGCUCCCCGAGCGUCCCGAGACAAGAAGGCUGUAAAAGCGCCCGACUCCGGCCGCCCCCCCGCCCCGCAGCCGCUCCCGGACAAGCUGGAGGCGGUCCUGGUGCCCGAGCGGGGUUACCAUCAGGUGGGACCCGACAACGUCGCCAGCGACAUGUUUGUGCUGUCCGUCACCGUGGCGUUUGCCGCCAAGUUGGAACAGUUAAUCCCCGGCACGUUCGAGCUGUCAUCGGAGGACGCCGGCUUCUUCUUCUUCUACACGUUGCUGGGCAACGACAUCACCACCGAGCCCUUCCGGAACAUCCUGGCGCCGGACUUCCAGCCCGAGCGCGCCUCGUUGCGCAUCCGCAGCAGCGCCGGCGCCGUGCGCGCCUUCCUGUCUCAGCAGCCCCCCCUGCAGAUCCACCUGUGCUGCGGCACGCGCUCGCUGGGUGGCGCCGACGUGCCGCUGGCCGCGCUGGCCGGGCUCCCCGUGGACCUGCGGGAGGGGGCAGCCACCGUGGAGGGCGUCUUCCUGCUGCGGCCCCCCGCCGGCGUCGGGCCGCCAACGCCGCUCGCUCACUUGCAGUCCAACGUCAGCGUGGCCGUAACGCUGCGCCGCGAGGACGUGGCGCCGCAGCUCCAGAAUUUGCCCCCCCAGGAAGGAUGCAAGCCAAACUCAUUGACGCUCGCCGCGCCCUACGCCAAGGACCAAAUGGCCAGUUCCACUCCGAUCCGAAAGCCUCCCGACGCGACGGCGUCACAGAACGGCCACGACGCCGAGCCGCUCGCUCCGAGUCAGGCCCGGGGCGACGGCGCCGCUUCCUCCGUCCUGGCCUCGGCCCCCAAAGCGUCCAUCCCGCCGUCGGCGCAUCGCUUCUGUUUCUCUCUGGAUCUGUGCGGGCUCAGGCAGACCGGCCUCCCGCACCCUGUGGCCGCUACCGUCAGGUACUCGUACGAGUUCUUCGGCAGCGCGGCGCCGGUGACGACCGGCCGGCCGGUGGAGCUGCGCAGGAACGCCGACGUGUCUCCGCCGCACUCGUACUGCGCCUUUGACUUUGCCGCCGUGCCGCAGCAGCUGCAGGAAACCUUCCUCAGAGUGCCUCUGGUGUUGGAGCUCUGGCACAGGGACGGCGACGGCGCGGCGCCUCUCCCGAUUGGCCGAGCCUCGCUGCAGCUGUCCCGCCUGCUCGCCGCCGAGAGGACCCGACACCCGGCCGGUGCGAGCGAGGCGGCCUGGCGCAGAUCUCACCGGGACCGAGUGCCCUUUUUCUCCACCCUCAGUCCCAACGAGAAAGUGGCCGAGUUGAGCUUCGUGGCCACGCUGGACGACUUUGGACUGGUGAACGCCGCCGACCUCCCCGUGUGCGAUUCCGCGCCGAAAGAGGACGCGGGCGCGCUGCCCGCGGAUGCGCCUGCGCCCGCCGGCCCGCCGCCGGCCCGAGAUACCGCCGAGUACCGCGCCGCCCUGGAACUGGAGAUGUGGAAGGAGACUCAGGAGGAUCUGUUCAAUGAUCAGCUUCGGAGGAAAGAGUUCAGCCACAUGCAGGCUCUGGCGGAGGAGUGGCUGCGACGGGAGAGCGAGAGAGAAGCCUGGGUGAAAAAAAAGGAAAUGGAGUGCAGUCGUUUGGAGGAGCAGCUUCACAAGACUCUGUCCGAUCUGGAGACAAAGGAGAAAAAUCUGGUGGAAGCCGAGCUGAAGACGCAAAGGCUGCAGCGGGACCUGCACGCCGAACACAAGCUGGGCCAGAAGGAGGCGCAGGAGAGCGUCAAGAGGCUGCAGCUGGAGUGCGACCACCGGGUGGCGCUGGAGCGCGACAAAGUGCGCCUGAUGGAGGAGGAGCGAACGCGGCUGCUCAAGCAGAUCACCGACGGCGAGAACCGCUACAAGCAACUGGAAAAAGACUUCCAUCACUUCAGGGAGCAGCAGAGCGUCAAGCCCCAAGCGCGCCUCCAAUCCGAGAUCAACAUCCUGACUCUGGAGAAGGUGGAGCUGGAGAGGAAGCUGGAGGCCACCACCAAGUCCAAACUUCACUACAAGCAGCAGUGGGGGCGAGCGCUGAAGGAGCUGGCUCGCUUCAAACAGCGCGAGCAGGAGAACGCCGUCAUGCGUCUGAAGAAGCAGCAGGCCGAGUUGGAUGCCGUCCGGCUGCGCUACGUGGCGGCCGAGGAGAAGGAGGCGGUCCGGCAGGAGCGGCGGGAACUGGGAGACAUCAGGAACCGCCUCAACGGGUUGAAGCAGCAGCAGGGCGACGUGGGCCCCGCUUCCUCGGCCCCCCUCCCCGGCGUCAGCCACGGCGCCGAGGAACACCUGAGCCGCCUUCUGGAGGAGCGCGACACGCUGCUCCGGACCGGCGUCUACGGCCACGACGACCGCAUCAUCGCCGAGCUCGACCGGCAGAUCGGCGACGCCAUGGCCGACGCCAGCUGACCGCCGGCCGCCGCGCGGGCAAGAUCGGAAGCGCAGCGGAAAAAAGUGCCGGCGCGUUUGAGGCAAAGUGUUAGCGGGCUUAUGCUAAGCUAGGCUAACCCCAUGUCGCGUGUCAAUAAUGGUGAGAGCUCUUAUUUAUUUUUAAUGAUGUGUUUGACUAGCUGUGAAUGUGUUUUGAAAGGAGUCGGCGCAAUCGGCCGGCGCCGUAGCCCGACCUGAGACAUUUUCUGAUAAAACGUCACAAAAAGUCACUUUGUCCUCUCAAUUUUUAAGAAUGAAAUAAAAGCAGCAUACUGUAUGAUGCUGAAAUACCACUUG